AUGGGAAGAGGAGAUUUCCAGGGAACAAUAGCGCCUCAGAAACUGAAAUCUGACAAGAGGAACUCGGGUUUCCUCCCCCCUGAACAGCAGCUGGGACCCGCUCCUCACACCCCCGGACCAGCGGAAAAGAUGAGAGGGACUCAGGGGCCCCCGGCUGCCCUCCUCCUGCUGCUGCUACUCCUGCUUCUGGGCUCCCGCGUGCCCUGCAGAGUCAUAUUUGGCCUCAGUUCAGGGGUAACCCUCCUCCCAGCACCAGGAGCUGCGGGGUCUCCAGGCUGCGGUCAGCCUCACUUGGCCAGGCGGAUCGUGGGCGGGCGGGAUGCCCACGAAGGGGAGUGGCCGUGGCAGGUCAGCCUGACCCACCAGAAGACUCACCUGUGCGGUGGCUCCCUCGUCUCCCGCCAAUGGGUGCUGACGGCAGCUCACUGCUUCUCCAGGCCGGUGCAGCUGUCGGAGUACCGAGUUCAUCUCGGGGAGUUCCAGCUGGCCCGGCCUUCCCGCCACGUCCUGGUCCUGCCCGUGCUGAGGAUCCUGCUCAAUGCCAACUUCACGGAGGUUGGUGGGCAGGGGGACAUCGCACUGGUGCAGUUACGCAGCCCUGUGCCACUCACCUCCUACGUCCAGCCCGUGUGUCUGCCCGCCCCUGGGACCCAUCUGCCCCCAGGGACUCUCUGCUGGGUCACUGGCUGGGGCAGCCUGUGGCAAGGAGUGCCGCUCCAAGGCUCCAGGCCCUUGCAGAGGGCCCAGGUUCCCCUGUUGGACAGACGGACCUGUGACCGGCUCUAUCACCUUGGCUCCAACAUCCCCCUCAGUGAGCCCAUCCUGCAGCCUGGAACCCUGUGUGCUGGCUACCCCCAAGGCGGCAAGGAUGCCUGCCAGGGCGAUUCUGGGGGGCCCCUGGUCUGCAUGCAGGAUGGACACUGGGUCCUCGUGGGGGUUGUGAGCUGGGGCAAGGGCUGUGCCCUGCCCAACCGCCCAGGCGUCUACACUAGCGUCGCUGACUAUGGACACUGGAUCCAGGCCCACAUGACCCCAUCAACCCUGAGGGUCCAGUCCACCUCAGGGGCAGGGAGCCUAGGGACCCUCUUCCCCUCCGUCCCCUUUUUCCUUCCCCUCUUGCUCCCCAGGCUUUGCCUGGCCCCCUAA